CAGUUUUUUUUAUUCAAACUAUCAACUUUAUCGAGACUGAUAAUGCAUCAAAAACUAGUAUAAAUAUACUGUGAAAUUUAGUGUUGGUAGUUAGAUUAUCGAGCUGAAUCGAAACAAAAUGGCUAAAAUCAUCCUCUUCUUCUGCGCUAUUAUCUUGGCAUCAGCUGUUGCUUCACCAAGCAAAGUAGCUGAUGACAACUUAAUUGACAUCGUCAAAAAGAUCGUCCACAAGAUUGAAGACCUCCUCGAUAAAGUUUACGAAAAAGCCCCAGCCUUCAUCGACGGAUUUGCUGACAACUAUGACGACGACCUCAAAAAAGCCCUAGAAUCGUUAGAGGAAAUAGCUCUUAAAGCUCUUAGACAACUUAGACCUCUCAUUGACAAAAUUGCUGAAGGUAGCAACGAUGCUGGAAAGAAACUAGUUUCUUGCAUUGAAAGUCAUGACACUGAAAUCGUUGACAUUCGCAUCCAGGUUCUAGAUGAAGUAGCUAAAUGUAUAAAGAAUGACCUCGUCGCUUUGGUUAAGACUCUUGGACCUAUCGUCAAAGAUCUAGCUCCAAUCCACGAACAGGCCAAAGACGCAGCCGACGAAAUUGACGAAUGUGAAGGAAACGAUGCAACUACUCUUGCAUGUGUAGCCCAGGUUGCUGGUGAUUUACUCCAAGUUUUGGUUAAAAUCCCUGAAGCUGUCAAAGGUGAUAUUAAACCUGUUAUUGAGGCCGCUAUUGCUAUUGCUAAAGACGGAUUACAAUGUAGUAAAGACCAAAUCGAACCUUUCUUCGCUAACGCAGGAAAACUUUUGGGAGAAGUUGCUAGCUGUGCCGCUGCCUAAAUGAUUAAAUUUUGUAGUAUUUAAUAAAAAAUCUAUUUAACAAA